CCCACCCUCUCUUAAGGUGUACUCCCUCCUCUCGUGCUGAGGCCAACUUGCAGACAUAAAUCUGUUCAUCCCAUACGUCCAUGACAACAUCUACUACCGGUGCGCCAGGCGCAGUAUCUGCCGCCGCUCAAUCCAAGCGGGAUCAGCCUGAUCCUGUGGACUUCAAGCCCAAGAGCAAUCCGGGGUUUAUCCUCCAUGGCAAACUGUCCACGAGCUUUGAAGAGCUGCCCGUGCCUGAGGUGGGACCCGAUGAGGCUCUCAUCGAGGUGAGGAAGACGGGAAUUUGUGGCUCCGAUGUUCAUUUUUACAACAGCGGCAGACUGGGUCAUGUACAUGUCUGCGGUCCGAUGUGCCUUGGACACGAAUCUGCUGGGAUUAUCGUUCAGCUCGGGUCGAAUCUGGCUGCUCAGGCUGAAAAGGUCAAAGAGAUGGCGAAAGGAGGUGAUCGAGGGACCGGAACCGCUGCAGUCGGGAAGCGAGCCUUGAUGCUGGGGGAUCACGUAGCUCUCGAGCCGGGGGUCACUUGUCGGAUGUGCGAUGACUGCCGAGGGGGACGAUACAAUAUCUGCGAGCACAUGGCGUUCGCUGCGUAUCCUCCGUUUGACGGGACGCUACAGAGAUAUUACAAAUUACCCGCGGACACGUUGUAUCCUCUGCCCCAAUCGGUCGCGCUGGAGUACGGCGCCAUGAUGGAGCCUCUCUCCGUUUCUGUUCAUUCACUCGCCAACGUCGGCAAGGUCAGAGCCGGGAACACUGUCUUGAUCUUUGGUGCUGGGCCCGUUGGACUCUUGGCAAUGGCAGUCGCCAAAGGUCUCGGAGCGGCCAAGAUCAUCGCGGUGGAUAUCAAUGAGGAAAGGUUGAACUUUGCCAAGGGAUACGCAGCGACGCAUAUCUGGAUCCCAGGGAAGCCAAAGGAAGGGGAGAGCAAGCCAGAAUACAGUCUCCGAUCUGCAAAAGAGCUGCUGCUCGCGACCGGUACCCCGAUACGAGGCCCAGGAGCCAUCGAUGUAGGGAUGGAUGCGACGGGAGCGGAGACCUGUAUUCAGACAGGCAUCAAUGCCAUCAGGCCGGGCGGCACGUUUGUCCAGACUGGACAUGGCAAUCCCGACAUUCAAGUGCCGAUUUCACGAAUCAUCACAGAGGAAUUGAGUCUGAGAGGAUCAUGGCGUUACUCGCAUGGCGAUUAUCCUAUGGCGAUCGACCUCGUUGCGAGAGGCUUGAUCGACCUCAAGCCUUUGUUGACUCAUACCUUCAAGUUUGAGGAUGCUCUCGAAGCCUUUGAGAUUACGAAGAAUGGCAAGGACAAGGAUGGCAAGUUUGUGAUCAAGUGUGUCAUCGACGGGCCAGAGUGAGCGGGAAAGGCGGGGCAGGCGGUGGGUGUCAGAGUCUUCAGUUGAGAUGCCGAUGGGUACGAGUUCCAGACGUAAUGCAUGCAGUUGCUG